UCCAGGGGCUUUGGGGGAUUUUUCGGGGAGAUUUUUCAGGGGUUUUGGGGGCUUUGACCCCUAAAUUUUAGGGACGGGCUUCAUUCACCCCCCCAGAUUGUGACCUGAGGGAAUUUUGGGUUCUCUCUCUUUUUCCCGAGGGAAUUUUGAGCCUUCCACCCCUCAUUUUUACCUUUUGAGGGAAUUUUGGGCUCCUCCUUUCUCCUGAGGGACCUUUGGUGCUCCCCCCCUCUAUUCUUUCCUCUGCGUGGGUCCCAGCCUUGAGAGACCCUAAAGAAUCCAAUUUCCCACCUGUUUUUCCCACCUGGCCCGUGGAUCCCCGGCGCUCCCCUCGGCUCCGUCCCUCGGGCUGCUCCUCAGGAUUCUCCUCCAGCCCCGCUCCGGGCUCGACCCCGCGGAGCAGCGGCUCCGCCAGCUCCCCCCAGAGCCCGUGAGUUCCUUCGGAAUGGCUCAAAAAUCCUCAAAUUCACCUUUCCCCAAUAAUUUUCCCCAGAUUUCCCAACAUUUCCUAAUUUCUGACCCAUUUUUGCCACGUUUCCCCCCCGCCAUCCCAGCUCGUUUUUAUCCCCUUUUUUCCUAAUUCCAGCCUCAUUUUCCUCAUUUUUUUUCCAUUUUUUUCAGUUUCUCCCCAUUUCCACCCUCAUUUUCUUCAGUUUCCCCCCCCAUUUUCCCUGUUUUCCCCCAAUCCCAUCCCCCCAUUUUCCCCUCAUUUUCCCUAUUUUUCCAUAAUUUUCCCAUUUUUCCCCUAAUUUCCUCAGUUUCCCCCCUAUUUUCCGUUUUCCUCGUUUCUCCCAAUCCCAUCCCAUUUCUGCCCCAUUUUCCCCAUUUUUCCCUCAUUCCCUCAUUCUCCCCCCGUUUUUUCCAUUAUUUUCCCCUAUCAUUUUCCCAGUUUUUUCUCUCAUUUCCUCCCCCAUGUUCCCCAUUUUCCCCCUUCAUUUUCCCCCUUCAUUUUCCCCAAUUUCCCCCCCCCAUUUCCCCAGUUUUUUCCCCAUUUCUCCCAUCCCAUCUCCUUUUCACCCCAUUUCCCCCUUUCCCCUCCCUUCCAGCCCCACUUUCCCCACCUCACCCCCAAAAUUCCCGGUUUUUCCCCCCAAAUUUCCGGUUUUCCCCCCCAAAUCCCCUCAGGGAAUUCUCGGACGAUUCCGACUCCGGCAGCGACUUCGAGGUCUCUCCGCGGGCCCGGAGCAAGCGGGGCCCGCUCCGAGCAGCCCCCAGGAGCUGCUCCCCGAAGCGCUCCCGCCUCUACCCCGGGGAUGGGCGGUACCCGGAGCCGAAUUCCCUGGAGCAGAAUGCCCAGCAGAAUUCCCUGGAGCAGAAUUCCCUGUUCAGGCCGUGUUUUCGGGAAAGGUGGCCACGGAGAAUUCCCAUUUUUUUCCCCCAAAUGCCUUUUUUUCCUCCCAAAUUCCCCCUUUUCCCCCAAAAUUCCCAUUUUUUCCCCCAAACUCCUGCUCAGGCGCUGGUGGAUGAGUGGCUGAAGCGGUACCAGUGGGACAAGGAGGACGCGUUCCUGGAGCUGCUCAACUUCAUCGUGCGCUCCUGCGGCUGCAAGGGUGAGAAAUGGGGCUAAAAACGGGGAAAUGGUGUAGAAGUCCAUCCGAAAAUCCUUCAUUUUUUGCCUCACAAUUGUCAUGAGAAAAGACUACCGAAGAGUUAAAAGUGCUGAGCCGGUUGGGAAAGAAAGUCUCCUGCUUAUCUAGUGUGUUCACAAGUGAUGCUUGCAGAACACGCCAUGCUGUACUCGAAGGGGGCAUGCUGCCCUUUUCUGGACAAUUGAACUGGACUUUCUUCCAAACUCCUGAGCUGGCUGGACUGAGCUCUGGGGUGGCUCCCCCCCGCUCCAUGAGAAGACCCCUCUUGCCUGUCUUCAACCACUGUGACAGACCAACAGAGAUGCGAAUCUCCUCAUCAAGGAACCAAGAACCCCUCUGGCACCCUAUUGACACCCCCAUGGCACCCCCAUGGCACCCCCCUGGCAACCUCCUCCCAGAGACUGGGAAGCAUUCGGCCAUGAAAACAAUGGAAUUUCAGUUACCUUCCCCCAACCAAGAACAGUAUAUAUAUUGGGGUUCGGCCCGACUGUCCUUUGAGAUCUCCCCAAGACGUGUACCAGCGAGUUUCGGCGGCGGGACCCCGAAGACAUCACGUCUUGGUAGCUAUACCCCAUUCCCUGACCUUCUUUCCUCCCUUUUUUUUUCCUUGUCUUACCCUUCUCUUCCCCGGAUCCCUUAACCAAACGCAUAUUUAACUGUGGUUAUAAUCAAUAAAUUGCACCUUGUUGAUUUGUUACUGCAAAA